AUGUCAGAAAAAAAUUCUAAGAAGCUCACCUUCUCCCAAAUUGACGCUGUUAAUGUCUCUAAACGGUAUGAUCCAACGACUGUGUUUACUGUGCUUCAGGAAUUAUCACAUUAUCCUGCAUGGAAGAAAUUUGAUUGGGAUGAAUUGGUCAACAAAACCUCAUCUGGUAUUUCUAAUGCCAGAGAGUAUCAGAUGCUAUGGCGUCAUUUGGCGUAUCGCUAUUCCUUGCCUGACGAUUUUGAUGCGGAUGAUCCUAUGGAUGAUGACAGUGACCUAGAUUAUGAGCUGGAACCGUUACCUUCUAUAAGUGCGGAAUCUACACCAGAGUGCUCAGCAUGUGUGAAGGUGAUGAUAGCUUCCCGCACGCUAAGUGAAGCUACCCCUAGUAGCUCAACAAUUGAGGCUCCAUUGACUGUAAAUUUUCCAGUUUGCCAUUCAUUUAGAACUCCAAGGGAAAUUUCACAGCCCUCUAAUUUGAUGGAACAGACAAGCAUUACGUUUCCUGUUACUGUCCAGAGACAGACACUUCCAACUGUAUCAUCUUCAGAUGCUUUAGAUACCAAAGGAACAGUUGGUGGUACCCUGGCUUCCAAAAGGAAAAGAAAAGGAUGGUCAGAGGAAGAGGACAAUCAGCUACGGGCUGCUGUUCAGAAAUGGGGUGAGGGGAAUUGGGCAAACAUAGCAAAAGGCGACAGCUUUCCUAUUAAGAGAAGUGCAACACAAUUGUCACAGAGGUGGAGCGCUUUACGAAAGAAAGACGGCAGUGGCACUUCAGGAACCAUCAAUUCAGGAACCACUGUGACCACUAACACACAGUAUACUGCUGAACAGUUGGCAACUCGUCACUCCUUAAAUUUAGCCCUUGACAUGCCAUUCAAAAAGUUAACUGCUCCUGGAAUGACUGAUCCUGGUAGGACAUCCAUGUCAAUUAAUAAUCAAGUCCAGUCUCGUAAUAUGACACAAGUCUCCUCAGUUCGUAGUUCUGUACCGCUUCAGCGUCCAUCUCAACAAGCUUGUGGUUCCUCAGCAAAACCCACAGUAACCUCUGAAAAUCCAGUACCGAAUGCUGCAAUUUCAGCUCGCGGGUUAAAACCGGCUAUUAUUCACUCUGGAGCACAAACUGUUUCUCGACCAAAUUCAGUACCAAAUGCUGCAAUUUCAGCUCGCGAGAUCAAACCUGCCAUUAUUCACUCUGGAGCACAAACUGUUUCACGACCAAAUGCAGUACCAAAUGCUGCAAUUUCAGCUCGCGAGAUAAAAUCUGCCAUUAUUCACUCUGGAGCACAAACCGUUUCACGAUCAAAUGCAGUACCAAAUGCUGCAAUUUCAGGUCGUGAGUUAAAACCUGCCAUUAUUCACUCUGGAGCACAAACUGUUUCACGAUCAAAUGCAGUACCAAAUGCUGCAAUUUCAGGCCGUGAGUUAAAACCUGCCAUUAUUCACUCUGGAGCACAAACUGUUUCACGAUCAAAUGCAGUACCAAAUGCUGCAAUUUCAGGUCGCGAGUUAAAACCUACCAUUAUUCACUCUGGAGCUCAAACUGUUUCACGAUCAAAUGCAGUAGUACCAGAUGCUGCAAUUUCAGGUCGCGAGUUAAAACCUGCCAUUGUUCACUCUGGAGCACAAACUGUUUCCCACUCUGGAGCACAAACUGUUUCCCGAUCAAAUGCAGUACCAAAUGCUGCAAUUUUGGCGCGCGUGUUAAAACCUGCCAUUGCUCACUCUGGAGCACAAACUAUAUCUCGAUUAAAUGCAGUACCAAAUGCUUCACCACAAUUAAAGGUUUCUCUACCGAAAAAUGUGGUACAUCCGGUGCCUGCUGGUAGUUCUAUGGCAAAGGCAUCCAUUUCUGCUGGCUUGCCUUCUAACCAAAAGUCUCAACAGGAUAAACAUGUUACCGCCGUGAAAGAACAGGAAAAAAGAGUUUCUGAUCCUGGCUCCACACCCAAAGAGAAGGCGAUAGAGAAAAAUGUGGCACACACAGUGCCUGCUGGUAGUUCUUUGACAAGGACAUCCAUUUCUGCUGGUUUGCCUUCUGACCAAAAGGAUAAACUUGUAACCUCUGUGAAAGAACCAGAAAAAAGAGUUUCUACAUUAACUCAGAACCAUGUAGAUAACAAACAGGAUAAGGUGGGGCUAGAUUUAGCUAAAGCCAAAAGCAUGCCUAGCGAGAAAGUUUUGGAACGUAAAGUAGUAUCACAAAAUCCAGGGGGGGCCUGA